UCAUUGGACCAAUCAUAGACAACGGUGAUGUAAACAAGGAAAUGGUUAAUGCAACCGACUAGAAAUACGAGAAACGUAAAGGAAAAGUGUAAUGUUUGUACAGGACUAUGGUAUCAUUUCCACUUGACAGGCGAGUGGGGUCAUUAUAGGAUAACGACUGGCUGUAUAAGCGUAACAAAAUUUGUUAGUUCCGAGUGUUACGAUAUUUCUCUGUCUCCCUCACUGAGGUCGUUUGUUGUGAAUGGAGGAAAGACUCAAGAAGAUUCUUCAGCGCAACAGGACCACUCUCGUUAGAGAUUUGGAUCCCUCAAACAUCUACGAUGGCCUUCUUGAAAAAGGAGUUUUUACCCAAGACAUGAUCGAUGAGAUAAAGAGCUCUGGAACCAGACGUGACCAGGCCAGACAGUUAGUCCGGGAUUUAGAGACUCGUGGGAGUCGAGCCUUUCCAUUAUUUCUGGAAUGCCUUCAGGAGACAGGUCAGCACAGUUUGGCAGAGCUCCUACAGAAUGGAGCACCUACCGUUCAUCUACAGCCUGCUACACCCACUCAGGUUGUUCGUCCCGUUCUCCAGCCUCUCCCUGUUUCCUCUCCAAUGGAUGUGGACAAGCAAAGAAAAGAUGAUGUUCCUCUCUGUCCAGUACAAAAACCCAGUCCUACUCUCGGCCCAUCACCUGACAAGGAUCACAUGAGACCAAGACCUCAAGGCAGAACUCGACGGGAUAGUGUUCAGAGCUAUAAAAUGGACGCCAGCCCAUGCGGACAUUGCCUUAUCAUAAACAAUGUGGAGUUUGAACCCCAGAGCGAGCUGAACAAUCGCAAAGGGUCCCACAUAGACUGCGACAAACUGGAGAACAGAUUCAAGUCUCUCAACUUUAUCGUUGAAGUGAAGACAAACCUGAAACAAAGGCAAAUCAAACAUGAGCUGUCAGCUUUAUCUAAGAUGGACCAUUCACAGUAUGACUGCUGUGUGGUCAUCAUGCUGUCCCAUGGGACUGAGGUGAGCCACAACCGCUUCCCUGGUGCUGUGUAUGGUGUGGACGGACAGUAUGUCCCAGUUCAGUACAUCACAAACUACCUAAAUGGCCAGCAUUGUCCAUCCUUACAGGGCAAACCCAAACUUUUCUUCAUCCAGGCCUGUGGAGGAGGUGAAAAAGACACAGGCUUUGAGGUGUCCCCUGAUGAGGCUGAGCCAUCCAUCGGUGGAGCAGAUGAUCAGACGGACGCCAUUCCCAUGUCCUCCAGCAGCGAUUCUCUGAGCACGUCCGACGAAGUGGACGCCAGAACCACGCUGCCCACCCCGAGUGACAUUCUGGUGUCCUACUCUACUUUUCCCGGUUACGUUUCUUGGAGAGACACCCAGUCUGGCUCCUGGUAUGUUGAGACACUAGACCGUAUUCUUGAGGAAAAUGUUGUUACCGAAGACUUGGCCACAAUGCUGAUGAUAGUUAACAAUGAAGUCUCUCAAAACUCUGCAAAAGGGCUCUACAAGCAAAUGCCUGGUUCCUUUAACUUCCUGCGCAAACUUCUCUACUUUCAAUCCCAGGCAAAGUAGCAAACUAUGUUUGUUUGUUUCAUAAACUAAUUUCUGUUUCAUACGACUGUAAUUUCUUAGGAUUGUGUCUCAGCAGUUGCAAAGUGAAAUUAAUUUGAAAAUGAAAAAAAAUGAUGGGAAAAAUGAAUUUGCCAUAGUUUGUUGUACUCUUAUUCUUAUUUGUUGUUUAUUCUGUUUUGUUUGUAUUUUUAAUAUUUGGGAACUUUUCUAAAUGAGCUUUUUGGGUGCAGGUGUCGCUUGUAAAGACAAUAUUAACAUAUUGUGAAAAUGUUGUUCUGGUUUGUGUUUUUUAAUAUCAUUAUUGUCUUAUCAACACAUAUCGAUGUUCACAAGUAGACAAUCAGUGUGAGAUACUUUGCUGACUUUUAUUUGGAGUCUCUUUGAUACACUAAUUUUGUCAACAAAAUGAGAUUUUUUACAAAUGUGUUUUUUGAAAAUUAAGGUAGAGGUGAGGAAAGAUCUUUCAUUAACUAAAUAGUGAAGUGGUGACAUAAGCUAUUAAAUCUAUCUCCACCCUGACAUAAAUCUCAACCUGCCAGCAGUGUUAGCAUAAACAUCUCUCUGAAAGACUCAGGCAAAAAUGCACAUAUGACCUAUGUAUGACUUUAUGUUGUUAGCAUAAAUAUAGAUUCUGUUGCCAUCAAGUUAAACAGUUGUGACUUUACUAGACUCCAGUAGAUGUUUGAGUCACAGAGGAUUCAGUAUUUCACACACCUUAUCUGGAUCUGUUAUGUCCCUCUCCUGCCACCAGGGGUCCUCAUAGAAUUAGAAAUGUUCCCAUUUCAUUUGCCUGUCAGUCUCCUCAGAUCAACAGACAUUGUCUCCAAUACAGGUUUAUCCAUAAUACCCUAACCUGCAAACAAUUGAAACAAGCGAUGAGACAUAAACAUUUCCAAAAUGUUCCUCAUGCCAAAUGGUAUGAGGGGGUCCCUGGUAGUCUGUGCCAUGGAAACACCUGGAGAUGCACUCAGCAGUUUCCCCAAAUCGCUUGAAUUCAUGACUUAACCUCUCAGGAAAUCUUUAACUGAUGCAGUCAUUGUUUUGCUUGGCUUACAAAAACAGAGAAGCUUAAAACAUACCAAAAUGUCAAAUCAAGUACUGCUUUGGAAUAAACUGCAUCUUUGGGAUUUAUUAUUUCUUUUUUUUUUUUUAUUUCGUAAUAAAGUGGUAAGGCUCCAAA